AUGGUACGAGAACGCGGCGCGAUCAUCGGAAUGCUAAUUAGGGCGAUACCGUUAAUCCUCUGGAGCUUCUCAGCGGGUGCAGCUGCUGCCGGUGCGGAGGGUCCCGAUUUCAGCUACGGUGAUGCACACUUUUCGAUUGAGUACUUCAAAGCAGCCUACAAUGCGUCAAAGAAUUGUGCCGUUUCACCUCUGUCGGUUCGGUUGGCGAUGGCGGCCUUCCUGCAGGCGGCCGAUUCCUCCUCCUUCGAAGAAACUCUCCAGCGAGCAUUCUACCUGCCCCAGCAGAAAACGCUAGCCAGUGAAAAUGCAGCCAGCUUUUUGAACGAGGUCAGUGAAAUGCGACAACUGCAGAUUGCCUACAAAGUUCUUAAAAAUUCGGAUCCUCUGACGGAUGAGUUCGCAGCAGUUUUGGAAAAAGUUUUCAAAACAAGUCCGGAGGAGAUUCAAUUCUCCGAAAAAUCGUUACUGCUCAACAGCGCUAACGGCUGGGGCAAUAAAGUAACUAAUGGACUGAUAAGAAAUUUCCUUUACGAUAGCUCACUUGACCCUCGUUCCGAAAUGGCAAUUUUGAACUCGGUAUCGCUGCGGGCUUCCUGGGCGGAGAAAUUUUCUCCGGCAAUGACUGAUCGUCAAAUAUUUACCUUCCGCGAUGGCACACGGAACGUGCAAAUGAUGCAUAAAACCAUCGAAGUGCUGUACAAAGCAGACAGCACUUACCAGACCGUUCAGAUACCUUACAGCGAGGAGAGCGAUUUGUCCAUGUGGCUCUUGAUGCCGGCGUCCGGAGCCGGCAGUUUUAAAUCACUAAUGGCUGCUCUGACGGACGAUCUGCUCGAAGAGAUUGAGACAACGGCCGUGCCAACGGUUGUCGAUAUUUCAUUGCCGCGAUUCGAAAUACAAACAGUUCACACUGUAAGGAAGGUCAUUGAAAAGCUCGGCUACGGUCAACUGUACCGAGCGAAUGAACUGAGUCUGUUCAAGGCUCACAAAUCCACGCUCGGUGAGAUGGUGCAAGGUGCCCUGCUGAAGGUGGACGAGGAAGGAACAGACUCUACCGUUGCACAACCAAUUACCGCGCAAGAUCGAACGGAAAACACUCGGUUCAACGCCAAUCAGCCAUUUAUCUUCAUCGUCAAAAAGAUUUCAACCGAUACGAUCGUUUUGAUUGGACAUUAUUCAAACUAUUAUUAG